AAAAUCCAACUACUGCGGCCUCCAAAUUAUAAAUAAACACAACGACCCACUAUAACACAAACUUCCCCAAAUUCUCUCAAAUAAAAGAAUAUUUGGAAUUUCACAAAACAAAAUGCCUGCAGCAUUGUACUACUACUUCACCACCACAAUUCUUCUGGUCCUUAUCUCAAGCACAAAUGCUGCAACAAGGCACAGCCAGUACCUAAGCCAGGCUAACCAAUUUUUGGUUCCUCAAAAUGCUGCCCGGUCAGCCACCAAAAUGAAGCCAUUGGUUUGGGAUGCGAAGUCGGCAAGGUAUGCACAAUGGUAUGCAAACCAAAGGCGAUACGACUGCGCUUUGAGGCACUCAAACGGCCCUUAUGGAGAGAACAUUUUCUGGGGUAGUGGCACUGGGUGGACGCCGGCUCAGGCAGUGGCGGCAUGGGCUUCGGAGAGCAGGUGGUACAAUUACUGGUCUAAUUCUUGUGCUAGAGGGCAGGAAUGUGGGCAUUAUACACAGAUUGUGUGGAGGUCCACAAGAAGAGUUGGGUGUGCUAGAGUCACUUGUUUGGGUGGUAGGGGUGUGUUCAUGGUUUGCAACUAUGACCCUCCUGGGAAUUAUAUUGGAGAAAGGCCUUAUUGAAUAUUUCAUAGAAAUUGGAUGCUGUUUAUGUGCCUUUGGGGCUGGCAACAACGGAGAGUAUUUAUGUGGAUUUUUCUAAUCUCUAUUUAAUUAUAACUAAUAAUAUUACAGGAUUAUAUUAUAUAAUUAAGCGGCAUGAACCUUGAGGAUUGCGUCUAUAGCUUUAUGAGUUUUCUUUAUGUAUUGUAAGACCACAAAGCCAAUUACAUAUCUUGGAGUGAAAAGAUAAGAAUGCUUGACAGAAAUGUUGGUGCAUUUGUUUGGUA